AUGGGUGCUCUCGACAACGUGCGUGGUCGCGAUGAAGGUGGCCGCUUCACUAGCACCAUUGUCGACUCUGAGAUCACGUAUGGGGAGAAGCAUGCCCAUUCGGCGGAAUCUGGUGCUGAGCGCGCCGACAGCAAGGGUUCUUCUCCUGCGGCAUAUGAAGCCAACACUAGCGACGGCUCCGAGAACUCUUUCGGCGUCAAUGGCAUCGACGACGACGUCAAGGAAGCUGAGAGGAACCCCGAUCAUGUUACAGACCAGGCUGGUUUAGGUCAGCAGAAAGCUGAAGCUGCCGCCUUGGUCUGGAGCCGUCCGGUUGUCUUCGGUCUCUACGCAUGGAUCUGGGUUUGUUUCUUCAUGCUAGCUCUGCACUCCGCCAUUAGCGGUACCCUCAUCAACUACGUCUACUCCAGCUUCCAGUCCGCCCCACAAGUCUCUACUUCCUACAUCCUGUCUACAGUCAUCGGUGGUGUGCUGAAGUUACCUCUGGCUAAGACCCUCCACCUCUGGGGCCGCGCGGAGGCCUUGGUGUUUUCGACUGCCAUUUAUAUUCUGGGUAUGAUCAUUUUGGCUGCUUGCAAUGGCCCCAAUGCAUUCGCGGCCGGUUAUGUGCUGUAUUGGAUUGGUUACUAUUGUAUGUAUCUGAUUCUUGACAUUUUCGUGGCGGAUACCACGGGUCUUCGUUCGCGUGCCUUUGCAUUUGCAUUUGCAUCGACUCCUUUCAUUUGUACUGCAUUCACCGGAUCCUUGGCUGCUGAGCACAUCUACAAUCUGGCCGGCUGGCGCUGGGGUUACGGCAUGUUCUGCAUCAUCCAGCCUGCCGUUUUCUUGCCUUUGGCUGCCAUCUUCAAGUUCUACGAAAAAAAGGCUAUCAAGAUGGGUGUUUGGCAGCCCCGCUCCAGCAGCCGCACCAGGAUGGAGUCAAUCGUUCACUACAUCCACGAGUUUGAUGUGGUUGGUGCCUUCCUGCUUAUGGCGGCUUGGGUGAUGUUCCUACUGCCCUUCAGUCUGGCCCAGUAUGGCCGCUCUCAGUACUCUAGCGCCACCUUUAUUGCCCUGGUGGUAAUUGGAUUCUGUAUGCUCUUCGUCUUCGCUGCCUGGGAGAAGUGGUUCGCCCGUACCCACUUCAUCCGCUAUGAGCUGCUUCGCCGACGCACCAUUCUCGGUGCUUGCAUCUGUGCAGCUACUCUGUACUUCAGCUUUUACCUGUGGGACCAGUACUUCUACAACUAUGUCCUAAUUACUUAUAACCUGGACAUCACAAAGGCUGGAUACAUGGUUCAAAUCUACAAUGUUGGCUCUUGCUUCUGGUCCCCAUUGCUUGGUGUCUUCAUCUGGGCUACUCGUCGCUUCAAGUACGUCUGCCUGUUCUUCGGUGUUCCUCUGAUGCUCCUAGGCUCUGGCCUGAUGAUCUAUUUCCGCGGCGGAGACCACGGCAUCGGUUACAUUAUCAUGUGCCAGAUUUUCAUUGCUUUCGCUGGCGGUACUCUGGUCAUUGGUGAGGAUAUGGCCGUCAUGGCUGGCGGUGGUCGUGAAGGCACACCGAUGAUGCUUGCCCUUAUCGGCCUGUUCUCAAGUAUCGGUGGUGCUAUUGGAUAUGCGGUCUCUGCCGCUAUCUAUAACAACACGUUCGUGAGCGCGCUCGCCAGCCAGCUGCCCGAUGACCUCAAAGGCAACGCUACUCAGAUCUAUAUGGACGGCAUAACCACCCAGGAUGCAUAUCCCGUUGGAUCCGUUCUCCGUGACGCCACCAUCCACGCUUGGGGGUACUCCCAACGUAUGAAUUGCAUUGCCUCGACCUGCAUCUUGGUUCUUUUGAUUCCCGCCGUAGGCAUGUGGAAGAAUUACGACGUCGGUAAGAAGCAGAACAAGGGAACUAUGGUCUUCCAGUGA